AUUAAAAUAUAAAUUAAUGAAAAUACGCCUCUUGAUAGAGUGAUUAUUUUUAUUGUCACUGGCCACUUUUUUCCAAUACGUGGCAUAGGCACGAACAACUUCCACGUUCGCCGCCAUUUUGACAUCGAGCGAAUUGUAUAGAAUCUACUGAUUUAAAGCUUUUUUUCUUGAUUGUGUUGUAAUUGGCAUCUGAAAAUACUAAACGCAAAGCUUCAAAAUGGGGAAUAUGUUUGCGAAUUUAUUUAAAGGCCUAUUUGGCAAAAAGGAAAUGAGAAUAUUGAUGGUUGGUUUGGAUGCUGCUGGUAAAACCACAAUCCUAUACAAACUUAAAUUAGGCGAAAUUGUUACGACUAUUCCAACGAUUGGAUUCAAUGUGGAGACUGUAGAAUACAAAAACAUCAGUUUCACUGUGUGGGACGUAGGCGGUCAAGACAAAAUUAGGCCACUGUGGAGGCAUUACUUUCAGAACACACAGGGUCUCAUCUUUGUAGUAGACAGUAAUGAUCGAGAGCGUAUUGGUGAAGCGCGUGAGGAGCUCAUGCGAAUGUUAAGUGAAGAUGAACUACGGGAUGCUGUACUUUUGAUCUUUGCAAACAAACAGGAUCUGCCAAACGCAAUGAAUGCUGCUGAGAUAACAGACAAGCUGGGCCUGCACUCAUUGCGCAACCGCAACUGGUACAUCCAGGCGACGUGCGCCACCUCCGGCGACGGUCUGUACGAGGGCCUGGACUGGCUCUCCAACCAACUGAAGAACGCCAACCGCUAACCGCAUGUGCGCUACCAACUCACAGACAAAUCUGAUUACUGAAAGAGACUAUGGUUUAAGAUAUGUUAACUUUAUUUGCUAUUGAAUAUUGAAUACAAUGUAUUAUGUGAGUUAACCUGCGAAUGCAUUACUGAUAUGCGUCACCCGGUGACCGAUCGAGCAUCGCAUUCACUCCGAACCACUUGCGUUCAUACAACGUUUAAAAUUAAUUUUGGUAUAUGGGUGGUAAGUGUACAAAUAAACCAUGCUACUUGGCGAUGUGGUGUUAGGGUCCACGUAAUUAGAAUGCGCUGUUUGAUCGAUCCCUGACGACGUUGAACAAAAAAUAGUGUGUAAAGAUAACAAAAUUAUUGCAGAUUUGUUUUCAAUAUAAAUAUUCGAAGAAGCAAAACGGUGGUACCUAGACUCGUUGAAUGAUCGUGCAUUGUGAUGUGGAUAGGUUUGUAGCUGACUCGUGAUAAAGUGAAUCACAUCAUAACAUGUUUUAUAUGUAUACUAUGUGGAAUAAGUUGUCGCAAUAAAGUAUUUAAAGUUAAUUCACAAUUGAUGACUUUAAUUAUUUAGUUUAUGAUACUAGUGACCUACACUUUACAUUACGUAGGUAGGUGCAAUUAGCAAGCAGUAUUCGGAAGCGUAGUCUGUCGGUCACCGGGAUGCGAGGCGCGGCGCGGCGCGUGCGCUAACAUUACACAUCGCUUUGUGAGUUUGGCCAGUUGGUGUCCAAGUUCUUUCUGUUCUAUUGUCACCAGUUUUGUGCAUUAAUAUCACCUGACCUAUUAUAACGACGGUAGUUUAUUUUUAUGGAAGUUAUCUAGGUAGUUUAAGCUGUUAUGUAUUUUACAUCCAAACCAUUUCGUACAAUUCUCGCUUAUUCAAAAGGCUCGUUGUGAUUGACAUGCAUUUACAGUCAACAGCUUCUCAUGACGAACCGAGAUUAAUUUGUAAUUUAGGUAUAAAUAUGUAUUAGAUAAACGGUGUCAUUUUGAGAAGUGUUUCCGCCUACAGGGAACAGUGCUCAGAAUUCUCAGUGGUACAUGCUCUACACAAUUAAUUGUAACUUAGCAUUUUUAUAAUAAUUUAGAAAAAAAUGUUGAAACAGUAUCCUUGUGGCAAGUGUGAUGGAAGGAGGUUCUUUUUUAUUUUUAUGAAAAACAAGAAAUAAUGAAAAUGCGUAUUGUGACAUUCCGGUUUAUCUUAUGCUGUAUUAUGGAAUAAAAAUUAUCCUCACGAA